AUGCUAGGCAUUUGGGGACCAAAUACUUAUGAAUGGAUCUUGUUCCAGUUUGCCACAGCAAAGGCUGGAAUCAUCAUGGUGCACUGUAAUGCAGUGGUGUGUCCUACUCAGUCCAAGAGUCAGAGGUUCUAUGAUAUGCUGAGACAGAUCUGCCCAGAACUCAACACUGCAGUGUCUGGUAGUAUUAGGAGUGCCAGCUUGCCAGAUCUGCGUAAUGUGAUUGUGACAGACGGAACGGAGUCUGGUAUGUUGAACGUGGACGAUGUGAUGCAAGCAGCAGAGAGUCGGCACCACCAGCAGCUGGACAGAUUAGAGAGGAUCCUAAGCCCUGAAGACCCCAUUAACAUUCAGUUUACAUCGGGUACAACAGGGAACCCAAAAGGUGUCACCCUGUCCCAUCACAACAUUGUGAACAAUGCGUAUUUCAGCGGGCUGCGCAUGGGCUACAACUGGAGAGCUAAGGUAGUGGAUUCAUUGUCUGGGCAACUGCUUCCUCUGGGACAACCUGGAGAGCUGCUCAUUCGAGGUUACUGCGUCAUGCAGGGCUACUGGGACGAGCCUGACAGAACACAGGAGAGCAUCUCAGAGGACGGCUGGUACAAGACGGGUGAUAUUGCCAGCCUCGAUCAAUAUGGCUACUGUCGUAUCGAGGGACGCAUGAAGGAUGUUAUUAACCGUGGUGGGGAAAAGAUCUUCCCUGCUGAGGUUGAACAGUUUUUACACAAACAUCCGAAAGUGAAAGAUGUUCAAGUGGUCGGUGUGAAAGACGAUAGGCUGGGAGAGCAGGUUUGUGCCUGCAUUAAGGUAGCAGAAGGUCAGCACUGUACUGUGGAGGAGAUCAAGGCUUACUGCAAAGACCAGAUCUCCUACUUCAAAAUCCCACAUUAUGUGAUGUUCAUUGAGAGUUAUCCACUUACUGCCUCAGGGAAAAUCCAGAAAAAUAAACUGCGUGCAGAAAUGGAGAACAGCCUCGGACUGUGAUGUCGUCUCAACACUAUGCCCAAAGAACAGGGAUCCAUACAAGUUAGUUGGACAUUUCAGCAUGUUAGAGAUA